AUGGACUCGAAGUGCAUAGAAGCACUUCAGAAAAUGAAGCUUCCUCAUCUUAUCGAUAAGUUUGCUGGAAGCUCGGAUAGGUGGGUCGAUGAAGGAUUGGGAGUACCUAUGAAAAGUGAUCAGACCAAAAAUGCAAAAUUAAAGAAACAGUACUUCGUUCAAUUAUUUUACCAAAAGUUUCAAACCACCGAGAAAUUUAACUCACCCAUCACUGAAGCAGAAUAUAUCAUACCUGAAAUUUUAACUUCUGAAACUCAAUUUGUGACAGAAAUUUCUUGUGCUGGCGAGCAGAGGGAGUGUCAGGAUAUAAAUUCAGAAGGUCCUGAGAUUAAUCACAACAAGAAGAUUAGAGUAGAUAGUAAUUUAAGAGAGACUCGAAGAGAAACAUUUAGGAAUGGUAUGGAUUUUGAAGCUCUUUAA